AUGCUUGUAUACGAGCAUUUACCAAAUGGCUCUUUGGGUAAACGGAUAUUUUCCAAGAAGAAGCAUCAAAAUUUUUUGGACUGGAAGACUAGAUACAAAGUAGUUCUGAAUAUUGCAAGUGGAUUAGCAUACUUACAUGAAGAUUGUCGAGAACAGAUAAUACAUUUCGACAUCAAUCCUCAGAACAUUCUCCUGGACCAGAACUUCAAUGCCAAAGUCUCAGAUUUUGGCUUGGCAAAGUUGGUUAACAGAGAGCAAAGUGAAGUGAUAACCUUGCUGAGAGGGACACCAGGGUAUAUGGCGCCUGAGUUACUGAACAUGCAUUUCACAGAGAAGGCCGAAUGUAUUCAGCUUUGCUGUUAUGGUGGUAGAAACUGUCAGCGGGAAAAGAAACAGAGAGCUUUCAGAGAACGGAUUGUUUCCACUGUUACAAAUCAAAGCAGAGGAGGGGAUUAG